GGCUUCGCCCUGCCUCGUCGUCCGUACUAUCACAGCAGUUCAGACUACAGAGAGCCACUGAAGGUUCCUACGAUCUCUCUCUCUCUCUCUCUCUCUCUCUCUCUCUCAGGAAGCCAAGCAUCCAAGUAUCUACAGAAUCCUGUAAAUGCUUAUUUUCCUUGUACAAAUGGGAAUAUAUCUCAGCAGUCCCAAAACUGAGAAGUUCUCGGAAGAUGGGGAGAAUGAAAAACUUAAAUAUGGUUUGUCAUCCAUGCAAGGGUGGCGCACAACUAUGGAAGAUGCUCAUGCAGCUUAUCCAGAUUUGGACUGUUCCACAUCUUUUUUCGGCGUUUAUGAUGGCCAUGGAGGUAAAGCAGUUUCUAGGUUCUGUGCAAAGUAUCUUCACCAACAAAUGCUCGAGCAUGAAGCAUAUUUAGCUGGAGAUUUAGUCACUUCAGUUCAGAAAGCUUUCCUCAGAAUGGAUGAGAUAAUGUGUGGACAAAAGGGCUGGAGAGAAUUGGCUAUAUUGGGCGAUAAAUGGGACAUGCUUGCUGAAGAGGGUGAAACAUGUUCUCCAAGGAGCAGUCAAGUUAACGGCCAAAUCGAUGAUUGGUCUUAUGAGGAGGGGGCUCAUUCAGAUUAUGAUGGACCAAAUGCUGGAAGCACUGCUUGUGUUGCAAUUAUUCAAAACAACAAGCUUCUUGUUGCAAAUGCUGGUGAUUCUCGUUGCGUAAUAUCUAGGAAGGGGCAGGCAUAUAAUUUGUCCAGAGAUCACAAGCCUGACCUUGAGGUUGAAAAGGAAAGGAUUGUAAAAGCUGGUGGUUAUGUUCAAGUAGGACGGGUCAAUGGAAAUUUAAACUUGGCAAGAGCAAUUGGAGAUGUUGAGUACAAGAAGAACAAACUCUUGCCUGUGGAAAAGCAAAUUGUGACGGCCAAUCCAGACAUAAGCACUGUUGAGCUUUGCAACGAUGACGACUUUCUCAUUUUAGCAUGCGACGGAAUAUGGGAUUGCAUGUCAAGCCAACAGCUAGUUGACUAUGUCGAUGAACAGCUAAAAUCAGAAACCAAGCUUUCGACAGUGUGCGAGAGAGUGUUUGACCGGUGUUUGGCGCCUUCAGCUGGCGGCGAGGGAUGCGACAACAUGACCAUGAUCCUAGUGCAGUUUAGGAAGCCCAUUUGUUCUAGUGCUCCUGCUGAGCAGCGCGCAUCCGAUCAAGAGCAAGCAGAUACCUAAUCAAAAUGUUGCUGACCCUUUGCACGUGACACUGUUUCUGUUUCAUUUGCAGCAUAGUGUGCAUGUAAGCAGUCUUCAAUUACAAAAUUGUGGAUGCGUUUAUUUUGUGGGUAGGGUCUGCCAUGAAUGGGAAUGUAUUUCCUUUUGGUAUUGAGAAAAAUUUAUUGCCAAAAGAAAGAAGGAACAAAUUAUUAUGCAA